AUGAAUGUCCCUGGAAGCACUGGGGAAUCUUCGUGUAAACGACAAGAAAAUGGCGACGGCCCUGUGGAACCAGAUCGCCCACUAAAGAAAGCUCGUUUUGCUUGGCAAGUAAAAGGAAAAUAUCACUUAAAGAAUGAAACUUGCGAAUCAAAUACUACAAAUAUAAUGAAAGAUAGUGGCCAUACCAGUAGUUCAUCACAAAGUCUUCAAGAACAAAAGGACUUAGUCGGAAACACUGAACAAAAUCUUGAAAUACUAGGAGACUACUUACUUAAACAGGAUUUCAAUACACUUGAUUCCAUAACAGACUCGGAUAAAAUUGUUCUUCCUAGUACAUCUAGUGAAAAGCUGCCAUAUCCAAGAUAUGUUAGUUCCUUUGAAAGUUCUUCCAGUAAAGACAAUAGAAGUAGUGAUGAUGAAAACUCAGUAACACCCAUUUCAUUGUUACAUUCCAAUAGUUAUAGUGAGGAUCAGUGUAUUGCUCGAUGGCAAGCAAGACAAAUGGCCAAAUGUUUUGUGGAUAAUACAAUAAAUCGUGUUUUGGAUAAUUGGAUGAUUGCACCUUUACCUGCCGAAGUAGAUAACAAUCGAUUUUUAGCAUUAGAUGUUGCUGAAUUCAUCAAUAAUCUUCCAGGAGAUAAUACAAUUGAAAAUGAAGGUAUACUUAUGGCGAUAUCAGCUCAUGGACUUCAAAAUACAAGCACAAGUAAUAAUCAAGAAGAAGAGCAAAAACAAUCAAGUAAUAAGGAUAUGUUUAAUACUCCACCUUGUAGUCCUGUACCAUCUGAAGACUUCACAUCAAAUAGUAAUAAUAACAAUGACCCUAGCUCCUCUAGUGAACUGGAUAUGUCAUGGUCAUAUGAUGAUGAAGCAAAACAGAAUGAAUCUAAUGAUAUGCAGUUUUCAUACUUUCCUAAUCAUUCAACUUCAUAUAAAUAUUAUGGAGAAAAUGAGCUUGACAGUUCAACAGUAAAUAAUGAUGAAAAUACUCUAAACUGUGAUAAUGUUAUGGAUAAUUAUGAUUUUCUAGAUACUGCUGUUACAUUUGCAAUUCAAAAUAAAGGGCUGGCAUCUUUUGGCUCUGAGUAUGGGUAA